AGCUAAAAGUAAUAACAUCGUUUAGUAAUUCGUUUACAAAGUAAAAAAACAAAUAUUAUCGUCAUGAAACUGUUCAUAGCGGUUUUAGUCCUGUGCUCGUUGGCCAUUUGCUUUGGUUCGCCCAUUGACAGUAAGAAUUUGAAAUCAUUAUUGGGCAUUGAAGCCUCUGCUCAUAAUGAUAAUAAUGGACAAAUUCAUGCAGACAAGCCUGAACACAUCAAAGCUGACAAUACUGAACACAUUCGUAUAGCUCGUCAUCAUGGUUAUGGCGGUUAUGGCGGAUAUGGUGGUUACGGAGGUUAUGGCGGAUAUGGUGGUUAUGGAGGUUAUGGCGGAUAUGGUGGCCUUGGUUAUGGAGGAUACGGCGGAUAUUACGGAUAAGAUAUUAUUUAAAUAUAACAUUUUUUGUGUGAAAUAAAUAAAAAAAGUAUAUG